AUGCCUCAACAACUACCAUCUGUAUCAGAAUUAAUAACAACCACAACAACCACACCUUCUGGUGGAAGUUCUACUUCAAUACCCACAUUAACCAAACUGUCACCAUCUUAUGGAGCAACAGGAACGACAACUCCUUCUCCUUCAGCAUUGCCCAAGAAAUUAUCGAAUUCUCCUCAUUCUCCAAAAUCAAUUGUUCCUAGAAUCUCAUCAACUACAUCAUUUACAUCUCAUAAUAAUAGUAUAUCAUAUAAUUCAUUACCUCAUCCUCCAUUAAGAAGAUUAACCGAACCAAAUUUACCAAUAAGUUCUACUUCAAAUCAUGAAUAUAAUAAUUCAACUUCUAUAACAACUUCUCCCUCAUCAGCUGGCCCUUCAGAUUAUUUUAAUUAUCAUCAAAUAAAUCCCAGAAGUUCAAUCUCUUCUUCCAUAGAUCCAUUAAGUAGAACACCUCCUUAUCAUUAUGGCGAACAUCCACAACAAUUACCUCCUCCUCCUCCACCUCAUCAUCAUCCAGCUCCACCACAUCAUUAUCCAUAUCCACCACCACCUCCUCAUGUGUAUUAUCAACAGGGUCCACCACCUCAAACUGUUUAUAUGGAAGGAAAUUAUCCCCGCAUUGGGACUCCUGGAGCUCCAAUGUAUGGCAAUUCACAAUCAUCACCACCAAUUAAUCAUAACGGUCAACCUGGUCCACCAGUUGGAAUGUAUCCACAUCAUCCUCAACAAUAUCAUACUUAUUAUACAGGCCAAGUAAUGCAUGGAGGUCCAACUCAAGGCAAUCCUGGUCAAAUGCAAGGACAAGUUCCAUUACAUAUGCAAGGACAACCGCCACUUCCUCAUCAACAAGAUGGUCGUAGGAAUCAUCAACAACAUCAUACACUUCAACAUCAUCAACAUGUUCCAAUACCUUCGCAUAUACAUUUCGAUGAAAAUCAAGCAUUGGUUAAUAAAAGAAGAAUUAUAAAACGAAGAACAAGAACAGGAUGCUUAACAUGUCGUAAAAGAAGAAUUAAAUGUGAUGAACGUAAACCAUCAUGUUUUAAUUGUGAGAGGUCUAAAAAGGUUUGUUUGGGAUAUGAAAAUUUAUCGAAUUUAAAUAUGGGUAAUGGUUUUAAGAGAAAGAAGAGUGUGGGAAAUACUAUUAGUGAAGAGGAUGGUGAGGUUGAUUUCAGACAACCAUUACCACCUCAAAGAUCAGAAUCAAAUGAGAAAUUGAAUUUGAAUGAUACUGGCGAUCAUCAUUAUCAUUUGCAACAAACAUCAACUAAUGAUUCAUUACUGAAUAAUGGUGGUAAUAGCAAUGGGUUAAAUAUUUCUACUCCAACAUCAUUACCACCACUUUCCCUUCCACCUCCAAUUUCAUAUUCGCAUGCCAGAGUCAAUGGUAAUAACGAUAGAAGUAGUGAUGGCAGUAGUGGUCAUUUAUUCAAUCGAUCAAUUAUGUCCAAGGGUUCAAAUGAUUCAAAUGAAGUUGAAUCGUCAACAGGUGGAGCAUCAACCUCAUCUAAUAAUGGAAGUCAUUAUUUACCAGCCAAUCAUCCUGCCAAUUAUUCUAUGAAUAAGGUUUCCGUCCAUGACUUAAUAAGAUGA